AUGUAAUCCGUUUUCAGACACACAAAACCUGAUGUCCAUCUUUUCCGGAAUUGUGGGUAACGAAUCGAUCAACUGCCAUCGAGCGUACGAAGUUGGCAUGCAGUCUGUCGAAUCCGUAGAGGGCCUAACUCAAGAAGAAGUUGCUAACCGGUUAAAUGUGUCCCAAAGUGUCGUGAGUCGUGCAUGGAAUCGAUAUGUAGAGACUGGGUCUACAGCUUACAGGCAUGGUGGAGGCCGAGAACGUGCUACAACCAAUGAUGGGCGUCGACCUCGACACGUCAACUAUGUCAACAAUGUCGACAAUGGAGAUCUAGGUUAGGUUUAAUGUUUAUUUUUAUUAGUUCCUGUCCUCUCAGAAGUGUAAGGGGUUCUGUAUCCCGUCUCCUCUGUGUAAAUCGAUGAGAGAAAUUAUAUUUUAAUUGAUUUAUUUCAUUAAGUGACAUAAAAUGAGUGGAAGAAAGUGCAACAAGAACUUUCAAGAACUUAAAUUUGAUUUGAUAAAAGAAAAUGGGAAAUAUUCAGCAAAGUGUAGAUUCUGUGAUAAUAUUAUUAAAAAUACCGGCGCUAGAAGAUUACAAGCUCACAGGUAAUUACAGUACAUUUAUAAUUCCCAUCCUUCCCGUGCACUAUAAAAUUUUAAAAUUUGGUUUUUUACAUAAUAUCUUAUAAUAGAGGUAAGCUACAUAAGAUUUUUAUUUUAUAGCUUCUUUUUUCUUUUAUCCUCUCCUCCUCUUACUUCCUUGUAAAACUUUUCAGAAAUUGCACAAUAGAAAUAUUUAUUAAAAUAAUAAAUACAUAAAAAAAUAGAUUUUAUCCACUCCUUCUACAUCUUGUAAAAUGGUAUAGUAAAUUGAUUCUUUCCCCAAUAUUUUUAUAACCAAUUAAUUAUUUUAAUCUUUAAAAAAACUUUAAUAAAUCGGUAAAUCAAAAUGCCCAACUUUUGAUUAAGCAUUUGAUAAUACGAACUUUUAUAUUAUUAUUUAUUAUUUUAGAAAUAUUUGCAAGGAAGUUCGCCGUCGUUGUAGUAAUAUGGUUGAGGGUAUGAACCAAAAUGAAAUAACGACAGUAGAAUUAGAAGAUGAUGAUGAUUUUCCUGUUGUACCUGAAAGAAGUGGUACUAGCGCACAUUCAAAAAAUGGUCAAUGUAUUCAAGUUGAGGCUUACUUAGUGUCGGAAGAUGGAUCGCUUGUUUCAGUUGGUUCAACGGAUUCACAUAGUACCAAUAAUACAGAAGAAGUCGCGGCUCCUGAUGUAACCGAAGAAAGUUUCCCUAACUCUAAAAAUAAUACAAAUUUUGCAAAAAAAACAAAUGAAGAUGACUUGGGGAUAAUUCGAAAGCCCCCAAAAAGAAAUUUGUUAACGACACUGGUAAUGUCUAAUAAAAAAAGCAAACUAGCUGAUUCUGAUAUAGAAUCUUCAUCAACUUUAUCUGUUAACGAUGCAAUAAAUUUAGAUCCUACUAAUACUCCAUCUGGAAAACAAAGACAGCUCAAACAAUCAAGAAAAAUAACGAAAUAUAUAGAUGUUUUAAGAGAAAACGAAGAUGAAAAAAUAGAUCUAGCAUUGGCUAAAUUUAUAUUUGGAUGUAAUCUACCCUUUAGGGUAGUUGAAUCACCUUUAUUCAAAAACUUCAUUAGGACAAUUCGUCCUGCGUAUGUUGAUCACAUACCUGGCCGUAAAAAACUCAGUACAACACUAUUGCAGACAUGUUAUAAAGAGUGCCUUGAUAGUGCUCGCAAAGAGGUUAAAUCAGAUUCGGUCAUUUUGUGCAAUGGUUGGAAAAAUUCAUCUAGCAACACCAAGACCGUUGUAACAAUGUUACACUCGACCGAUGGAGAGAGUGGUUUUAUUGAUGCCUGGGAUUUAACGACUGAAUCAGAGACUGCAGAGAAACUUGCUGAGAUAAUUAUACAAUCUAGAGAAAUUGCUAAAGAAAAAUAUAAUGUUGAUGUGUACGCUGUAGUUUCUGAUAACGCUAGUGCAAUGGUUAAAAUGGGAUCUCUCUUAAAACAUUGUUUGUGGCACAGUACUUGUAACAGUCACACAGGCAAUCUUUUAGCAAAGGAUAUAUUGGACAAGAAAUUGCUGGAAAAUGUUGUUCUUGUGCUUAAAGAGUUCAAGCAACCUGACUUCGAAAAAAUGAUUUUAGAUGAAGGAGGUCGAAGAAUUAAACUUCCUGUAGAGACGCGUUGGUGUUCAUAUCGUAAUUCGUUUAAGAGUUUUUUGGAAAAUUUAGAUUACAUGAAAAAAAUUAUAGCAGCUACAAGAAAAAAAAUUAAGCCGAAAGUUACUGAAUUAAUAUUCAAGGACGACUUUGCUGAUACAAAAUCCAAUUUGUAAUCUUAUUAAUAGCUGUCAGAGCGGGGAUACUUCGUUGGCAGAUGCUGUGAAUCUUUGGCUCGCAUUGGAGGUACCAGAACCUUUUGCAGAAAAACUAAAAAGCAGACAAGAAAUGGCAAUAAACGUUUAUGCAUUGACAGCAUACUUUUUUCAUCCAACAUAUGACAAUUCAAAAUUAUCCUCGUCUCACACUGGAAAAAUAAAUUCUUUUCUUUUUAAACAUCUCAACAACAAGGGAAUAGAGGAAUGGGAUUCUUUUAAUAUCAGAUCAG